AGUAACAAAACCAUAUAAACACAUAAACGAACAAAGCGUCUUCACUCUCCUUUCUUUCUCCAUGGGGAUAGUUAAAGCGCGAUGGAAUAUGGGUAACCUGCUCAUGGAAGUGUUCGAUCGUAAGAGAUAUAAGGCCCCGUGAUGGUCGUGCGGCCUCAGUUUGUCGACUGGUGCUUCGCGAAAUAGGUUUCACACCCAACAUUCUCGUGCUUCGAUAUAAUCCUUUUAUCGAUAUAGUUUUUCUUCUCUUUCUUCUCUUUUCGAAAACGUUGCGGUACAUGGUCACACUCGCAAAUUCAGUUCCGUCUUUACAGAAACUUCUGCACGCGUUUAUUUCUCUGGGAAGAUUUCAUAACAACAGAAGCACGUGAAGAGUAGCACAAUGGCGCAAUUAAUUCAAAUGAUUUACGAUGGUUAUCAAGAUCUGAUGAUCAACAAAAGCGAUCCGAGAGUCAAUGAUUGGCCGAUGAUGAGCGGCCCUUUCUCCACAUUAGCGAUCUGCUUGUUCUACGCUUAUUUCGUUAAAGUUUUGGGACCAAAAAUGAUGGAAAAUCGAAAACCUUUUAAUCUCAGAAGAGUGAUGAUAUGGUACAAUCUCUUUCAAGUAAUAUUCUCCACAUGGUUGUUCAAAGAAAGUAUGAUCACAGGCUGGGGAGGACGAUAUUCCUUCAGGUGUCAACCAGUUGAUUAUUCAAACGACCCGAUUGCACUGCGAAUGGCACGAGGUUGCUGGUGGUAUUACAUCUCAAAGUUCAUGGAGUUCACGGACACAAUUUUCUUUGUGUUGAGAAAAAAGAACGACCACAUUACCACUCUCCAUGUCAUCCAUCACGGCUGCAUGCCUAUGUCAGUUUGGUUCGGAGUUAAAUUUACCCCUGGUGGUCACAGCACUUUCUUCGGUUUUUUGAAUACCUUUGUACACAUCAUAAUGUAUUCGUAUUACUUCCUGGCGGCGCUCGGACCACAGAUACAGCCAUAUCUGUGGUGGAAGAAAUAUUUGACCACUUUGCAAAUGAUCCAGUUCGUCCUUGUAAUGAUCCAUGCAUUCCAAUUAUUUUUCAUCGAUUGCAAUUAUCCGAAGGCUUUCGUUUGGUGGAUAGGCAUGCACGCUAUAAUAUUCUAUUUCCUCUUCCGCAACUUCUAUAUUAAAGCGUACAAGAAGAAGAAUUUGAAAAAUGCUGUAGAUAAGCAAAAGAAUGAAAAGGAAAACAUAUUUAAAAAUCAAGGUGGCAUCAAGGAAAAGGACAAUGAAAAAAAUGUAAUAUAUGCAAACCAGUAUAAAAUGGCCACUGGUUAUAUCUCGGACAGCGGCCUCAGAAAUCGCGUGUUCAUCGACAAUCGAGGCUUUGAUAAAUAAUGAAAGAAGCUUCUAAUUUAAAAAGACUUCAAUUAUACAUCGAGCGUAGAUUUGAAUUAUCGUUAUUUAAAGCCACAUUGCAUCACAGUCACUGUUCUCAUUCGAAUAAAAGCAGCAAAUAGAUAGAGGAUAUUAAAAAAAGAAAUGAAAAAUGAAAGGAGAAGCGCCUUUUUUUUAUGAGGCUGACUUAAUAACAUUCUUUCUGAGUGCUUCGCAGCGCAAUUUUUUACGUGUAAAGAUUUUUUGGCGCUUAUUUUAUAUAUAUUAUAUGUGUGAACGAGUAUAUGUGUGCGAAUAUGUGUUUACUAAUUUAUGCGUUGGCUAGUUUGACGAGAAGCAAAAACAGAAACUGGAUAAAGCGUUGAAAUGAUAAAAAAAAUGUGUGUUACUCUUCCCAGAAGAGUUAAGAUGCCGAAACUUCUCCGAUAGAUUGCCCUUUCCGGAAAGAGGAAAUCUUUAAAAAGAUGAUUUUUAUGAAUAUUUAUACAGAUUUCUCAAGAAUUAUAAUUUCAGUUUUGCUUAUAUUUCUCUCUUUCAAAAAUAGAAUAGUAACGAAUUCUUGCCGUAUUUCAUAUUAAGAGAAUAAAGAAGAAAAUACAAUAUUUAUUUUAUAGGAGCAGAAUAUUUAUCUCUCCAACACAAAAUAAAAUUGCACAAAAAUUGCAGCAACAUUGUUGCACGUUGCAGAGAUUUUCCAGCGAUAUUGCUGCAAAUUCUGUGCUGUACGGAUAGUAAGAAAUUAUUAUUAUUAUUUUAAUGUUUCUAAGCAUUAUUAUACUUAAAAUAUUGCUGUGAAUUGUCUAACCUCUAAUCAACGAUAAUAUACAUAAAAUCAAUAUGACUAAUAAGAUAAAAACAGAGAAUUUGUUGAUUAAAAGGAUUUACAUGCAUAUUUAUUAUCUGAAACAAUUUAUUUAUUAUUAUUUUGCAGGAUUAAAUUUUUAGAAUUAAAAUAUUUUAUUUUCGUUUAAACUCUUAUCCUCUCAGAGAAUACUCUGUUUUUACUUUACAUAUUUCGUUAAAUAUUCUAAUUAAUACUUAAAUACAUAAAGACAUGUGAUAAAAUAUACACAUAUAUUAAUUUUAGAAUUAAUUUUAGAAUUUUAGAAUUAUGAUAACAUUUUUCUUUUUUUACAAGAAGUAACGUUUAAUGUACAACUUAAAAAAAAAUUUUUUUUCAUCACAUUUUUUCAAUAAAAUAUAAUAUUUUAAAUAAUAAAAUAUAA